GCUCUCUUGACCACGUACACUCAUCUUCCAACCCGACGACAACCAUGGAUUUCUUCUUCUGUUUACCGAUCAUGUUUGGUUGCCCAACCAAGAUCAAGCCGGAGGGCGACCAGACCCCUCGCAUCUGUCCCAGGUGUCAUAAUGCAUCUGUAUUCGCGGCCAAGUCUCGCAUGUGGUUUGAGCUCUGCUUCGUACCACUGAUUCCUAUGAGUUCGAAGCAUAUCUGGAUGUGCAGCAUAUGCCAGUGGAACGUUCCGAAACAACCCAGUUGGGAGCCGGCUGCGAUCGGUGGAGGGCAAUACCAUCACAGCGGCCCAGCCCCUCCUCAAGGCUGGGCAGGACCCCCAGGUGGGAAUUUCGCCCCUGGCUACAAUCCUGGAUAUGCGCAGGGUCAACCGGGGUAUCCUGGCCACCCAGGAAAGGUCAAUUGACGCAUUUCCGCUGACUUGUCAGAGAAAUAUACUGUAUCACUAGUAACUGCUCCAUCUGUACACCAUUAUGCAAACCCUUGUACCUACCUGGAAUAAACUCGGACUUCUGGAUUUGCAGUA